CGUGGCCAUUACGCGAGCGCGAACUGGGCCCGCCCGUCGCUCCGCCCCCCGGGGAAGUCAGCGCCACCAUGGAGGAGUACCACCGCCACUGCGACGAGGUUGGCUUUAAUGCUGAUGAAGCCCACAAUAUUGUUAAAGAGUGUAUAGAUGGCGUCUUGGGUGGUGAAGAUUACAACCAGAACAACAUUAACCAGUGGACAGCAAGCAUCGUGGAGCAAUCCCUAGCACAUUUGGUUAAGCUGGGGAAAGCUUAUAAAUACAUUGUGACCUGUGCUGUGGCCCAGAGGAGCGCAUAUGGAUUCCACACAGCCAGCUCAUGUUUCUGGGAUACCACCUCUGAUGGAACCUGUACUGUACGAUGGGAGAACCGAACCAUGAACUGUAUCGUCAAUGUUUUUGCUAUCGCUAUUGUUCUGUGAUUUAGUAAAAAUGUUCGGUCAAAGCAAUUAACUGAAGAAUUUAUCAUUGAUCCUUUCUGAAAAGAGUAAUCAUUCCUUAUUAACAUGUUAGAUGACAGGUGUGCUGAAUGUUUCAAAGCUGUCAACAAAAACUGAUCAUUAUAAGCAAGCGAUCAGUAAAUUUGCAGAUUAUUUCAUAUUCUAUACAGCAUCACUUAAAUAGAAGACAUUUAGUGUUAGCAAAAAACAAAUACAGAUAUAUGGCAUGAUCUGAAAAUAAAGUCUCAUAUUUACACCAGCUUUUUGCUAGCCAUCCAUAACUAAGGAGAUGGGAAAAUCCUUCAAGAUAAUAAAACUCUCUCAGCUAGAGACAUUAAUAAAAAUGAACAUAUGAACAAAAACCUGCAAGGAGAAAUAUGGAGAAAAUUGUGUUAGCUAACAUUUCUUAGUUUCAUUCUUUCUCCUCACUUGGUUGGACAUACAAUAUAGUGGAUAGUGGAAAGUAAUUGUUUUUGUUUUCUAUCAACUAAUACUGUAUUAGUGAUUUUUAUUAACUUGCUUACUUUCCUGAGAAUUGUUCAAUCCACUUUUUAAAUUUCAAGUUCUUGGAUAUACAUAUGAAGAGAAGUUAAAUCUGGUAACCUGAAUUCCCUCAUUCAACAAAAUUAGUUGUAACAUGUGAUGAAAACACACUACAGCAACCUUACAAUUGACUUACUCCAUGUGGAAGGAACAUGUAUUCAGUUCCUCUUCUGGGCAUCUUUCUCUGGCAGGCAUUAUAGUUAUCAAUCUGCUUCUCAAAGUCUAAAGUGUUUUCUGGGCACCUGUUCAGCUGGAUAAGUAACAUUUAUGUUUUGGGAAGAAAAAAAAGAUUGUAUUACAAGAGAAACAAAAACUAAGUCUGUCUAAGUAGAAGAGAACAAAAUGAAAAGCACUUAUUAUUAUAGAGAAGUAUAGCUGUAAUUUUAAAAAUUGCUUCUAGCAAGGAAAAAAUACAUAAAAAUAUGCAACUCUUACUUAAAGGCUUUCUUAGCAGCCUAACUAUACAAAUAUAAAUUCUGUCAUUGCUUUAGUUACCACACCAUCUGCAAAUAAUUUUAAGUACUUUUGUGAGGUUCAAAUUGAGUGGAGUAAGUAUCAUUGAAAAGUAUACAAUCACAAGCAGCUUAUUGACUAUCUCAGGGCUAAUGAAAUGUAGUGAAAUUUAUUAAGAAAAUAAAAGCAAAAUUAGAGUACACAGCUGGGCACCAAAUGCGAAGUCAAUCUGCUAUGUAACCUUGAAAGCAAAGUCAAGUUUGCAUCUUACUACUAACUAGUACACUUAAGGAGUAGAACUAUGAAUCUUUGAAGUUUGCAGGAAAGGAAAAGAUUGGUAUUGACAUGGAGAUAGUAUUCUCGUAGGAGUACUAUGCAUGUGUGAGAUUUUGCUGAAUAACAGUAAUUGUUCAGUAUUUGAGAAGAAUCUCAUGGAAUACAAGGAUAGUUUAAUGCAGUGAUCUCCAUUUUUUUUUUUCACAUCAUAAAUGCUCAUACUCAUUACCUUUCUGUUACUUUAUGCUGGUGGCUUUGUGCCCUUGAAGAUUAGAAUAGUGAUCAAAAUGUCUGUGCAGUUAAGGCUUGCUUUUGAUUAUUGUUAAUGAAGCCUGAUUUUUAAAGAAUAAAAAUCAAAAAUACCUCGUGAACUUGCUACCUGCUCUAUUCCUAGUUAAACUAUAAUAAAGGUUAUCUUCUUGUGCUGUA